UCGCCGUGUAAGAAGUUUAUUUAAACCAAAAUAAAUUUAGUUUGAAGACAUCAGCUUUCAAAGAACGAAAAAAAAUAUUCCGUUGAACAUAAAUUUACCUGAAGUGAAUUAACAGCCGCAAAUGCGGUGAUGCUACAGCCACCCUUGUAUGGCGGUGAUUGCAAAUACUUGAGCGUAGUGCAGUGGCAGUCGUGGCGUGGCUAAAGCGCUUUCGUAUCUGAUUUCUUUACGAGACAUUUGCAAGAAAACGGUUCAAGCUUUUUUAAAAAUUUCAAGUACUCUGAAAAGGGCACAUCUUGUUUAAUCGUAUAAGAAAAAAAUCCAAACGAAAAUCGUUUUGUAGAAAAUGUUAUUUCGGGUGUUUCACUUAACCGACCAUCGCCUAUUCACUUAUCAUAGUGUUUCACUUAAGCGACCAUACGGGUAGAUUUCGUAGUUUUGUAUAAUUAACACGUGCCAUCUCAUGCAUAAUUUGCAGUUUCUCCUUAACCGUCCCGAAUUAAACGCGCAGCGGAAGUGCAUUAUUAUUAUCAUUAUCAUUAUUAUUAUUACCACACUCCUUUUAAUGGAAGUGGCUGUUAUAGUGCUACUGGAAAAGUGUCUUUGGUUAGUGUGGAAAAUUUAUUACUUUUUUGGUUUGAUUUUAUGAGAUAAAAGUUACCCAACCUAGGAAUCGAAACCAGGACAUACAGUUUUAAAGCCAGACGUCCCAACACCAAGCUAUGGGCAAUUUACAUUAUUAUGCAUAUUUAAAAUAAUGUAUGAUUAUCGUUACGUAUGCGGUAUGAGGUGCUCGUACAUACAAUUGCGGUGGAUGGUAAUUGUCUUCGAUCACCAGGAAAGUUGACCGGCGUUUCAACCAAGGAAAUCUGACACGUAUCGAUCGCCGGCAUGUGCAGUAUGUAAUUACGUAAAAAGGGCAUCAUCCGCACCACGUGCGCAUGUGCUGGUAUAUAUCGGCAUUAACGGUACAAUCGGCUGAUAGAUGACGCUGGCCGUGGCCGCAGAUCCGUGUCAUUCUCCGCCGCCGGGACAAACUAACCUUUCAUGUAUCAUCCCAAACAAACGCAUCACUUGUUAACUGAUUGGUUUCUAGUAUGGCUUUUAACCGGCAUCCAGCCGCGUUUUUAUUUGUUAUGUGUUUCAGCGUGUGGCUGGAUGUGUAGCUAGCCGCAGCUUAACCGAGUAGUUCUUUUAUUAUUUCUCGCCGUUUAACGAUGCUAAAGUUCUCGGGAACUUUGUUUUGCAUUCUGUAGUGAAAUGAUUUGUAUACAUCGGCGUAAAAAUAAUACCGGCGUUUACUUGUAAAUCUGCCAGCAGAUUUGCAUACACCACAGUUAAAAAGUUGUCGGGAUUUCUUCUUUGAAUUUUGCACCCAGAUUAGUGGCAUACAUCGCUGUCGAUUUUGCCACAAUUUCACCAACGUUUUUCUUUACAUUCUGCAGCCAAAUGAUUUGUAUACACUGGCCUUACAACUUUCCGGAAGUUUUUCUAAACCGUUUCUUUUUUCAUUCUGUAGCAAAAUUAUUUGUAUGUAUCGGCAUGAAAAUUAUACCGGUGUUUUCUCUGCAAUCAGGCAGAUGAUAAGUUUUAGGCCGUCGUUAAAAAAUUCCAGGAGUUUUUCUGGACGGUUUUAUCUCAUUCUGUAACCAAAUGAUUUGUAUACAUUUUGCACCGCACUUCAACACACCGGCAAGCAUAUGGCGACUCUGAACGGCAGCGAGCCGGUGCCGGUAUGGAUGGAAUACAGCGGCUGGAGUGCGGCAUGGUUUAUCAUCCAUCUGACCAUUAGCCAGGCAGGCGGCGCCGUGCAUCUCCUGCUCAUCGGGGUGCUACUGCUGGAGCGGCGGCUGCGCGGGGGUUCCGGCGGAUUAGUACUGCAUCUGGUGGUGUUAGAAGGGCUGGUGUGCGGGGUGCACAUGCCCCUAGCCGCCAUCUUAUCCGAUGGGAUGCAACGCGGACGCUGGGAUAUUCGGCCGGUGUGCCCGGUGAUACACUUCCUGUUCUUGACCACUAGUCAGGCCGGGUACUGGACGUCCUUUUUCUUGGCGGUCAACCGGUUCAUCGCGGCCGCCAUCCCCCACCUCUACCCGCGCCUCACCCGCCCGCCGGCCAUCCUGGCCAUGCUCACCGCCAGCUGGACGGUAGCCGUCAGCACCACCGCGCCGCUCUUCGCGCAGCACGGCGGCGUGAUGACGGUGCUGCCGCCGUGGAUGGCCUGCGGGAUCCGCGUCACUAGCGUCCCUUUGCGCACCGCCGCCCAGGUGGUGGGCGUGUAUAUCCCGCUCGUGGGGUCCGUGGUGUUGUAUGCGGUGUCGGUGGUGUUGUUGAGCCGGCAGCGGCGGCGCCGUGUGGCGGAGGAGGGCCGGAAGGCGGUCCCGGAGCGGCGGCUGCGGGUGGCGCGGAUGCUGUUGGUGUCGACGGUGGUGCUGGGGCUGGCGUAUGUCCCGGGGGUGGUGCUGUUGGCGCAGUAUAAGAGUGUCGUCGCGGGGCUGCCGGUGGUGGAUCUGUGGAUAAGGACGCUGUUUCUCCUGGCGUACGCCGUACAACCGCUGCGCGGUCCCGUGGAGCAUCUGGGCUUCGAUAUGUUCCACUGCGGGAUGGAGUAUGUGGAUCAGCAGGAUGCCGACGGGCCCAAUCAGAAUAUGGUCAUCGGGACGUUUGCGGCAGCCUCGGCCGCCGGAUUAAUUUAUGUCGGAUCCGGUGGGAAGGCCGAACGCCGGCUGUCGAAAAUCCUGCAUUUUGAUAAGAUUUUUGAGGAGCGGUGUACGCCGGAGUUGAUUACCAUCGCGUUCCGGCAGGCCGUCUCGGUUCUUACAAAACGCCACGACCGCCAUUUUCCCAUCAAGGAGGAGAAGAUGUGUUCGGCGUUCCAGUUAGUCCUGGCGCACCGCGCCUUCUUCCGCAAGGGCAUCCACGUGACCUCCGAGUUCUACAACAACGCCCGCGCCUUCAGUCUGGAUGUCGGGAAGAUCGAGGGCCUGAGCGACACCGCCGACCUGGAGACCCUCCGGCAGGAGAUCAACGCCUGGGUAUCGCAGAACACCCACGGCCAGGUCCCGGAGACCCUCCCGCCCCUGGCCUUCGUCGACCACGAGGAGGCCCUGACCAAUAUGUUCCUCAUCAGUGUCACCUCGCUUCGCGGGCGCUGGAUGGAGCCCUUCCCGCCGGAGCGGAUCCAGCCCGACACCUUCCGCAACUUCAACGGCUCGGAGGCCAGAAUUCACUUUCUGACCGCCCCGGUCGUCCACCUCCCGUAUUUCGAGGACCGGCGCGCCAAUGUCCGGUAUUUGGAGAUUCCGUAUGCGAAUAACGAGGCGUCGCUGUGUAUUUGCCUGCCAUAUGAUGAAAAGAAAAGGUCACUGAAACAAAUGAUGCAACAGCUGGAGUAUGGUCAGCUGAAGAAGAUUGGCCACCGGAAGCGGUUGCGGAAGGUGGAUCUGAAGCUGCCCAUCUUCCAGGUGCAGCACUGCUUCAAUCUCAAAGGCUUCUUUGAGCGGAUCGGCGUGGAAGACGGGCCGAAUGAUGAUUUGUCCAAAAUGGUCAAUGGCGAGUUUCAUGCCUUCCGACUGACCGGCGCCUAUCACAAAUGUACCUUUGGUAUUAAUGAGCACGGGACCUGUGCGGAGUAUUUCGACGAAUCCAACCAACCGGCCACGGGCGACGAGAACACCGUGCAGCACCCGCCGGCACCGCGCCCGCGCAGCACCUCCUGCGCGUCCAACGUGGCGCCGGUGAAGCGCACCCUGAAAUCCACGGUGCUGGAGCCGGUGACCUUUCACGCCACACACCCCUUCAUCUUCGCCGUGCGGCACAACCUCACGGCCAUGCUGCUGUUCUGUGGCCGCGUGGUGGAUCUGACGCCGAGCGGCGACGCGCCGCAGAUGCACGUCAACGGCUGUAUGUCGGAGACGGCGGUGCGGCCGGUCACGGAGAAGGAGAAGACCUUCCUGGAGCGGACCAAGGAGUGGUUCAUGCAGGAGAAGGGGCUCAUUGGACGCAAACGCACCGGCACUUUAUGAUUAUUAUUUAUUCAACGGUGAAUUUGUAAACGAUUUUCGUCACAUAAAAUUGACAAAAUUGACCAAUGAUGAUUUUUUUUUAAUUUAUUAAAAAAAGCUGACCAAUCGCGUUAAAUAUCAUGGAGCGUUUGAGCAACAUGUUUAAUUUG